ACUUUCCUAUCCAGCCAGCUCCAGUUGCAGCGCGGGGCUUUACCUUCAGCGAGGCGGCGCUCUCUCUGUCGGGGGUGAAUCUCUUCUUCCGCUAUGCCAGCUCCGGCAGUGUUGCUCCUGUGGGUGGCAAUGACGUGUAUGGCGUGCACCCUGCAUCGUCAUGGGUCAGUCCAAACUUCACAUGGCCUGUCAAGACACAGACAGCUUGCGGCGACUGCUGGGCGUACGCAGUGGUGGGCAGCGUGGAGGCGGCGCUGGGCAUUCUCGCCAACACCUCAGCGGCGCCGGUGCUGUCAGUGGAGCAGCUGAAGGCCGCCAUAGGUCAGCUGCUCUGGCAGCACGCCCUCUCAGGCCUUCCAGCUGCUGCUCAAGCUGGCAAGCAAGGGAGGCGGGCUCGUGUUGGAGAGCCAGUGGGCGGUCGAGAAGGGCAAGAAACCUGUGAAGGCAGGCAGCAGCAAUCAUUUCUGCUCCCCGUUGCUGAAGCCACUGGCCAACGUGUUCGGGGCUUUGAGUCGACGUCCUUCUACGGCUGGUUUGGGCUGCUGCUGGCUGUGCAGCGGCAGCCAGUGGUGGUGCACAUUGAGGCUUCCGCUGACAUGUCAAGAACUGACCCCGAUUGCUUCACGUACAACCUGAACCACGUGGUGCUGCUGGUGGGGUACCGCCUAGUGGGUGAGGAUACACGCUUCCCCCACAUGGCGCCACCCUUCUGGAUCAUCCGCAACUCAUGGGGGCCUGACUGGGGCGAUGGGGGCCACAUGCGCAUGGACAUCCAGGGGGGGGAUGGCGUGUGCGGCAUCAACUCGCUGCCAGGCCUUUACCCUGUGGUUAGAGGCACCUCUGACCCCUGCAGCAGAGCCGCCCGCAAUGAUAGCACUGGUUCCCUCUUCAAUCCCUGCGGCAAGUUCACCUGCAUUGCGAAGGGCAAGACAAACGAGUGUGACUGCAACGACCCGCGCUUCAUCCAAGCAACCAACGCCGAUGGCUCUCGCACAUGCACCUACAAGGAUCCAUGCAAGGCAGCCCAGCGCAAUCCGUGUGCGGUGGGGCAGUGUGUGAAUGACGGGGCGGGGUCGUACUCGUGUGUGUGUCCACCGGGCUUCAGACAGGGCACCACCGUCGAUGGCACCUUCUCCUGCGCUCCAGGUGACACCAACACCACCUACACCGUGCUCUCUCCCAACGUCCGCUGCUCCGAUGUCUUCCCGGUCUACGGCCUCACGCUCGCCAAAUUCCAAGCCCAGAACCCAUCGGUGUCGUGUGCAGCACCCAUCCCACCCUCCACUGUGCUCAAAGUGGCCAGCCCAGCCUCUCUCAUCCCCUGCUCCGUCUUCUACACCACUCAGCAGGGCGACACCUGUGCAGACCUAGCAGUGUACUUCGAAGUGCACUGGUCCUGCCCAUCUGACGCCUGUACGCCAGCCUUCCAGGCGCUCAACCCCAGCUUGGACUGCACUGCCAACGGCGGGCUGCUGCAGCUGGAGCAGACAGUGUGUGUGGAGCGCCUGUACAACAUGUUGCUCAUCCCGGUGUGCUCGCAGUACUACCUGGUGCAGAGCGCAGAGACGUGCGAGUCCAUCCGCAACGUGCCCUACCCCCCACCGAAACCCGUUGACUUUUUCCGCCUUAACCCCGGCAUCAAGUGCAACCGCCUCAUUCCAAACACCGACAUUGGCAGCUUCACUGGCUUUGAGGUGUGUGUGUGGCAGCGGCUCUGCUCAUGCUGCUCAGCCCUUCCUUGUGGAACCUUCCUUCCUCCCUUUCACUUUACUAUCUUGUAA